CAUUUCCCAGUUGACGAGCAUUCCCUCAAUUUCCAAUUCUUGGACACCACAAAAAAAGCUUCUGUAAAUUAAACUCAGCAUUUCUAAAACUGAACUCACUAACUCUUCCCUUCCCCACCCCCCACAACUGUCCCUUCCCGAUUUCAGACUUCCCUAUUACUGUUAAGAGCCCUACCAACCUCCCAGGCUCCAAACAUCAGUGUCAUUCUGUUUUUCCUCUAACUCACUCACCAUAUCCAUUCUGUGGCCAAAUCUUGUCAUACCUUUCCUUACAACAGAAGCCUUCUAGUUGGUGUCCCUGUCUCUAGACUCUCUCCCUUCCAAUCCAUCCUCCAUUUAACUACCAGAGUGAUUUACCUCAAGCACAUUUCUGAACACAUCCCCCCUCCCCCCACCCCGCCACUCACAUACUUUUUCAUAAAUUCUAUUUGCUCCCUAGUACUGCCAGAAUCAAAUAUAAAAUCCACUGUUUGAUCCCUUCCUCCAUUUCCUACCCUGACUCUGUGAUCCAGGUACACUGGCAUCUUUGCUGUUCCUUGGACGAGACACUCCAUCUCCCAACUCCAUGUAUUUGCACUGGCUGUCCCCGUGCCUGGAAUGCCCUCUCUCCUUACCUCUGCUUCCUGACUUCCCUGACUGUCCCCAAAAUUGAAAUCGUUCCUUCUGCAGGAGGCCUUUCUGGCCUUUCUCCAGUCUCACCAGCUGCUAAUACUUCCCCUUCUGUCAUUACUUUCCAUGUAUUGUACUAUAUCUACAUGGCAUUUACACCUAGUUAUUGACACGUCCUCUCCCCCUAUAGAAUGUGAGCUUCUUGAGGGCACGGACUAUGUUUUUGUCUCACUUUGUAUUCUCAGCGAUCAGUAUCAUCACUUAGCACACAGUGGUACUGUUGAUUGCCGGAAUGAAUGACAGUGUACGAAGAGGGAUGAAUCCCUGCCAGCAGAAUGUAAGCUCCGUGAGGGCAGGGCAUAUGAAGUUCUUUAUCUUUGAAUUCCCCAGCACUUAGCACGGUGCCUUGCACAUUUUUUUCCCUUGAACCAAACCUGAUUAGUAAAUUCCAGACAAGUUCCAAACCUGAUUCAUAAUUUCCCAUCAGCCAUUGAGAGUCGGGAAGUUUUAAAGGACAUGAAAGGUAAAACUUGAACCCAGGUCUUCCUGACUCCCAGGUCAGUUCUCCAGCCAUUACCCAGGUUGCUUUAAUAAAUGUGUCUGGAGUUGACCAGAAUUGAACUGAUCUGAAUUGAAUUGAGUUGAAUUGAAUUGAAAUGAAUUCAAACCCAGGUCUCUUAACACUGCACCAGACUAGGUUACUUUAUUUUACCGGGGAGCGGGAAGGGGGAGGCGGGUGGGAUUGCGUCGCCCGUAGAGUUAAUAAAUGGUUAAGCAAUGGAGAACUUUGAUUAGGAAGAAACUUCAAGUUGGCCAAAAAGACAGGCAGAGGGAACUCUCAGGAACAUGCAAAUGAAGUGAUGUCAUCCUCUCCAGCAGCGGGAGGCUCCUCCAGCAGCGUGCUCGGGUCCCCACCGAGCUUCCCCCUCUGCCACUACGUGAGUGCAGGUGUGUGCGGAGCCGAGCCGGGCUGGAGCUGCGCUGCGCUCGGCUGGGCUGGGUUGGGCAGGGCUGGGCUGGGCUGGGCUGGGCUGGGCUGUGCCGGCUGCUCCAGGCUGCGCUGGACUGUUGGGCUGGGCUGGGCUGAGCCGGGCUGCGGGCAGCGGCGAGGACCCCCCACUCCCCAGCCAGCCAGCCCGCGGUUAUGCGCCCCCGGGCUCCGCUCCGAGAGCCCCCCACUGCCAGGCUGGCCGGCCGGGCAGCCGCUUCAGGGUCGUGGGGCUGGGGCCGCGCCCCCGCCAGCUGAUCGGAGCCCCUGGAUGUGUCUGUCCGUGGAGGAGGCCGCUGCUGCUGGCGCUGCGCUGGAGGUCCGAGAGGGAGCCCGCGGGCUUGGAAGGCAGCGGGCCGCUGCGCGCUUGGGAAUCCGCCUGGGGCCCAGAUUACUGAGGAGCUGCACGGGGCCCGGCGGCGGCGGCGGCGGCAGCGGCGGCCGCGGCCGCUCCAAUUCCGGACUUGUAUUUUUAAACGCCUCCGAGGAGACCGAAAGCGCAGCCCUGACCCUCUGCAGCCUUAGAAUGAGCCCGGUAGCCGGUAUUAGGAGGUGGAAACCUUCGGGAAGGUCCCAGCCUCGGAGGAGCCUGCCCGACACCAGCGGGCACUGCCUGGCAUGGGCUGUGUCAGAGUGUCCAGCGGGAGGCGUCGGGGACUUUUGCUGCUGCCCAGGGUAGGAUCGUCUCGGUUGGUCCCAAAGCCAAGAAGUGGAUGCCACGGGAUGGCUGUAAAAAAAUGGGAACGAUUCUGUGCCCCGGAGAGCACUUGCCUUAUGCGAGGAACUGGAGGGAACUUCCUCAAUCAGCUCCUGCUUCCCAUCCUGCUGCCCUGGUAAAGCUGCCUUCCCCUUCCCCGGUGCCAGUGCCAUUGGAUGCUUUCCCUGGGUUAGUUUUUAAAGAGCAAUCUUAAAGACACAGGACGGGCGUUCCCGUGCCCAUGCAUUGUGGCAGACCUGCUGUUUGAACAGGACCAAUCCAAGCCUCCGUCUCUCGAGGGGACUGGUCCCCACGGGGAGUCCAGCUCUGUAGAGAACCCUGUCCUGACUGUCCUCUUUGACUGGAGCCAAGUCCCCCCUGGAAGUUUCGCGGGACAGACAGAAUGCCUCGCUCCCCUUUUCAUUAGCGGCCAAUACAAUCAGUCAGCAGUCCAAAUGAUCCCGUUGGAUUCCGGGUCUCCAACCUCCAUUCCAACCCCCUCACUGGAAAGGAGAAAAUGAUCCUGCUGCUCGGAAGGCCAGGAUAAUUUAAGUGACUUUCCAUUUGCCUGCUAAGGAGAACCAAGAAUCACGGUUUUCCAUCUUUCCCUUGAAUCUGGCGAAUCUUAAAAACCCCCAGCCACUGUGGAGAAGCUUUCUGUUCCUGAAAAGGUGCGGGUUUCAGGGUGGGGAGGAGAAAGGGGGUUGCAGAAAUGUAGAGGUUGCCAGGGAAGUGGGUUGGGUUUUUUUUUUCUUUUUAACACGUUUUCUUGGCCGCGUGCGGGUCUGGUCUCUGGGUGGAGUGCGUCUUACUAUGAGUCGUCUGACACCGAGGGUGUGGGGAAAAUGCACUUCAGGGUGGGUGCAUACAGGGGUUCCCCAGCCCAGCCGACCGAUCUGGGCAGCUUUUGAGCCGAAGCCCGAGCUGGAGCUAGAGCUAGCCGCGGGAAGACGCUGGGGGGUUAGCCGCGUCCAGCCUGCCCUCCUCUCUGCGCUCCUCAGCCGGCUUCGGGAUGCUGGAGACUGGUCGGUCAGGCGGGGGUGGUAAAGGUUGGAAUUUGUGGGACUGAAGGAACA